GUUGUCCUUUAAAACUUUUUCCUUUUAAACGUGCAAAAAAGUUAGCAAAUACACCAGACUUUUGUUACUAUUAAUGUUCAUAAAAAUUUUGGUGGUCUGUUUGUAACAUCAGCUCGUAGAACUGUUAAAAUUAUAUCAGAAAGUUGAAACAAGCUGUUCUCUAUUUGUCGAAGUAAGGAUUUGGCAGUGGACAGAAGCUGCACGGAGAAGUUGCGUUGGGUUUAGUAAUUGUGUUUGUGUCUGAAUACGCGUACGCGCAAAAAAGGAAAACCUGUAGAAACACAUAAACACAUCUGCAGAGGAACGGAACGACAGUGCAGUGCCAUUUCAUCCUGCACGUUUCCAGUUUUCGAUACAUAGACGAUACGUGACCACCAGCAAAACACGAAAGGAUCAGAGAGUGAAACCAAAACAAUUCAAAAUGGAGAUAACUGAUGAUCGAGUUUAUGCCGCUGAGCGGAUUAUGAAAAAACGCGUGCGGGCGGGAAAAGUUGAAUAUUUGGUAAAAUGGAAAGGAUGGAGCACACGACACAAUACGUGGGAACCGGAAGAAAACAUACUUGAUAUACGACUGAUUGACAUGUUUGAACGAUCGUUGAGAGGCAAUUCAACACCAAAACGUAAGAAGAAACCAAUAAUCGAAGAUUCAGAUGACGACGAUGUUCCAGCGCCUGCUUCAGCGCAAGCAGCCCUGCCCCCUGUGGUAACACCAGAACCAGAACCAGAAGCUGAAAAACCUGUCAAAGAUACGAUUAAGAAAGAAAAAGAAGAAAGGCACAGCAAGAGAGAAAAGGAAAAGGAUACGACCGACAGUCCUAAGCAAAACUCGGCAACAACAAGUCCUAGCACAGGAGUUUUGAAGGAAAAAACCAGCAAUACAGAGGUAACUGCGUCAUCUUCGGCAGGCAAGUCUUCAUCACAAGUACCCAGUCUUAAAAUAUCGGUCUCUUGUGAAAACAACGAUAAUGACACUGCUUCGAACAGUAGUGACGAUCAACCGUUAAGCCACAAAGACUUGGCUGGAACCAAGCGAAAGGCUGAAGUUUUAUCAAAGGAGGGCAAAGUAGGAGUUACAAUAAAAACAUCCCCAGACGAGGGAAGUGUAGCAAAAAAUCAAAGGCUCGAAGCGCCAUCCACCGUGACCCCGGUUACAUCAGGAGCAAAAUCGGACAUCAAACCUGCGGCUCCUCUCUCUCCUGAUACACCUGCAUCACGUCCAGAGUCCAACAUUCCACCGGAGGAAAAAUCUACCGUCGCAGCGGCUAUAAACAACGUUGCACCGGAAGAGAAGCCACCCAAGAAGCCUGCGGCGAAUGAUUUUCUCCCAGUGAGCAAUAACAACACUAUCAACAAGCAUCAACUAACUCUAUCGCCCCGUGCCGCCCCUCCGCAGCUUUGGCUACCACGUGCGCAGGCCACCGAUCAAGUAGUAAUUACCGAUGUCACGGUAAACUUGGAAACAGUUACAAUCCGGGAAUGCAAAACGGAACGAGGCUUCUUUAAAGCCCGAGACCUGAAGACAGAUAUUUUUAACUGAGAUGGGGGAGCUCUAUUUCGCAUGUCCGAUAUAAUGUGAACCCAUCGUCAAAUUGUAAAUAGUUUUUGCAUUUGAUUAGCCAGUUGCGAACUGGUUUCUCGUUUAUCAUUUUUGUUUGUUUUCGCGCUAUCGAUUGAUAGAUGUCAUAAUGGUUUUAGGUUUCCUCAUUCCAUGAUUGAUUUUACAUUUGACUCAUGUAAUAAAUCAAAACGCUUUGACGUGGAUUAAACAAUCCAGUGGUAGUAACAGAACAGUCAAGUAGGAGACAAAUCUAGUGGUGUUUGAGGAAUAACAAGCAUAUUUCUACUGAUAUUAAUUGUGAGGAUUUUUUCAGUAUUCACUUUGCAAGACAGUAACAGUUAUCAUCCUACUGUUUAGUGAUUAAUACGAAUUCAGUUGGCAUUAAGUACGUUUAAAACCUUACAAUAUAUUUUUAGUUUGUAGUUGAUUUCCUCCCAUUAUGCUACGCAGCUGAAAUAAUUUGUCAUUUUGCAAGCGAAGACCGAUACAUUAGGUUAUAGACAGAACUGAUAAUUAUUUGCAUGCUGGUGAAAUGUAUCAACAAGCAUCGACAUUUUUAUGAGCUUUUAAAAUUCGAUUAUUUUAGUAGACGUUAGUUGUUAGCUUUCAACAUCAUUAGAAUGUUCUAUUUAUUUCAUUUUAUGGUAAGAUUUUUCCAGAUAUGGGUCAUCCGUAGCAUGUAUGAAUAAUUGUAGAACAACAAUGUGUUAGCCAUUUAAGAAGAUUAUUUUAGUUUACACAUUUUAUGUACUAUUGCAUCGCGAAACGCGGUGUGCUUCUUAAUUGAUCGUAAUAAAAAUGUUACGAAUGCUGACGACACAACAAGAGAAUCAAAUGUUUCGAAACCGGAAAUUCUCGUUAAUUAUUUAACUAAAUUAUUCGACCAAAAAUUUUAUUUAGAUUUUUCUAUAUUUAUGCUUCAUUACAAUUAUUGAAUGGGUGAAGUCUUAGGAUUAGAGAACUUAAAUUGCGGUUUUGUUUUUCGCAAACCCCGAGCAACACAAUAUUAUAACCAGCAGUUCAAACAAAUCACAUGGCAAAUUUACAAUAACUACUUGCACCACUAACCGGUCUACAAAAUAUACAGAGAUGCGUACGCAAACCAGAUUAUGCAUUAGCAUGCACAUACAACAAUAGUACGGAUUUAAUCUUACAUUAUAUAUGUAUUAUUCCUCUAGAUCAUAGACAUUGUUGCCGUAUGAAACACACAAUAAA